AUGUCGAUUCAGACCGGUGGAUUGCUUAGGGUGUCUCAUAUCCCACUCUCGCAGAUCAGAAGACCCAUCGCGCCUGUACUUGAUUACCAGAAAAUUGACGCUAUGGUGUCCACUCUUAAGGGUACUCCACAAGCAAGCAAAACUUGCACUUUAGAGGAUGCCACCGCUAUGAACUCCGAACUUCCACCUAUAGACGUGCUAUGCGUCCGGGACCAAGGCGAAACCUAUUAUUUUGCAUUCGGUGGCUGCCACCGUUUCCAAGCCUACGACAGAAUACGGGACCAAACUGGCGAAGAAGUACAAGUCCGGUGCAAAUUGAUACCGGCCACCAAAAGUCAACUAAAGCUCUAUGUAGGUAGUUCAAUAGACGACAUGUUUCCCUAG